AGAGAGAGAGAGAGGUGAGCUCGUGCACAAUCACGGAAACUCCCGGCAGCGCCACUUCCGCCCACACGAAACAUGGCGGCUUCCUUGACCGAGAACCUGGCGGAAUAUUUAGGUUCGCCCGAACCGGCAGUUCGACUAAUUCUUUCAAUUUUAAUAGGUUAUCCCUUUGCACUGGUGUACCGCCGGUUCCUGUUCCAUCAGUCUCCGUUUGUCAUUCAUCUAUUCCACGUUGUCUCAGGCCUGUCCUUGGCCGCGUUCAAUUUUGGUUCUCAGGUGUAUCACUCUGCAUUAUGCAUAAUCAUACAGUUCCUGCUGCUGAGGCUCAUGGGAAGGACCGUCACUGGUGUCCUAAGCAGCUUUAUAUUCCAAAUGACAUACCUCUUGUUGGGUUAUUACUACACAGCCACAGAAGAGUAUGAUAUCAAGUGGACCAUGCCCCACUGUGUCCUCACCCUCAAACUCAUUGGUUUGUCACUUGAUUACUAUGAUGGUGGAAAAGAACCAUCUCAGUUGAGCGCCGAGCAAAAGAACAGCGCUCUGCAAACCACCCCGUCUCUUUUGGAAGUUUGUGGUUUCUCCUACUUUUACGGUGGAUUCCUAGUAGGACCUCAGUUCACACUGCGCAACUACAUGCGCCUGGUUUCCCGAGAAAUGACCGACUGUCCCGGCCAGGUGCCCAACAGUUUGAUUCCUGCACUAAAUCGCUUUCUUUUGGGUUCCUUCUGCCUGCUUAUCUUCACAAUAUUUGGGCCAUAUUACCCAGACAGCUAUUUAGUUACAGAUGAAUUUGAGGCUCAGCCAUUUUGGUACAGGUGUGUGUAUAUCCUGCUGUGGGCUAAAGUGAACCUGUACAAAUAUGUGACCUGCUGGCUAAUAACUGAGGGCGUGUGUAUCCUCUCUGGGCUUGGCUACAACGGUCAUGGUGAGGAUGGACAGCCCAAGUGGGACGCCUGUGCUAAUAUGAGGGUGUGGUUAUUCGAGACCACGCCACUUUUCACAGGCACCAUCAACUCCUUCAACAUUAACACUAACGCAUGGGUGGCCAGGCACGUUUUUAAGAGGCUUAAGUUUUUGGGUAACAAGUUGGCCUCACAGAUGGCCACGCUGUUAUUCCUGGCGAUCUGGCAUGGCCUGCACUCCGGUUACCUGGUCUGCUUUUCCUUGGAGUUUAUCAUUGUCAAUGUGGAGAAACAGGCUCAGGCGCUCGUGAAGGACAGCCCGAAGUUGACAGCCAUUGCCAACAGUCCUUUGUAUCCUCUUAUAUACGGAGUACAGCAGUUCAUCCACUGGCUUUUCAUGGGCUACCCACUGGUAGCGUUUUGCCUCUUAACUUACAACAAGUGGCUAAAGGUUUAUUCAUCGGUGUAUUUUUGUGGUCACCUCUUUUUCUUCAUUGCCUUCCUUAUCCUGCCUUUCCUCCGUAAGGCACUGGUGCCUCAGAAGGCAAAGAGGGACAGAAAGGAGAACUAGACAAAAAUGGGUUUCUUUGUCUGGUCCUCUGUAAACUACCUGAAGGGAACUGUGACUGAUUGGAAAAUAUUUUAAUGCCUUUAACUAUAUAUUAUAAAUACAGUAUAUACAUAUAAAUCUGUACAAACAUUUGUUUUUUAUGUUUUUUUUGUGUGGGGGAAGCAUUUUUCAGGUUGAAGGGAAAGAGAAUACGAUUUUUUUUUUUUUUUUUUUUUUGCUGAAAUGUGACAGGUAGUCAUGCUUGUGAGGGGGAGAAACAUGGAGGCUAAUUAAUAUCCGUAACCGUUUGUACAGAUUUCUUUCAGCCACAGUAUUGCACUCGCAGCUCACUGUUUGGGAAUCUUAGUGGCACCUGAUUUGAAUAUUUUAUUUUUGGAAAAAACAAACUUUAAGUCUGAUAGCUGGCCAGGGAACUGCUGCUUUCAUGGCCUUUGUUUGGGGUUUUACGUUUUUGUGUUCGUUUUAUACCUGUUUUCCCCCCCCUAUUUUCCAAAACCUGGAGCCACCGGUCAGAUUUACACAAGACACUGAAAUAUAUAAAACACACCAUGCAGUGAGACUUGGACAUGCCUUGCAGUGUAAAUGAGUAUUAUUGUUUCAUUUCUAAUUUAACAGAUUUUUCACAAUAUUUUUAGCAAUUUUAGAAUGGGUUAACGGUUUUGUAAUUUUGUAGCUUUUUCACAAAGAAAAAAAACAAACAAACUAAACAACAGUCCGAAACAUUGAAUGUGACGACUGUUUUGUCUUUUUCACUCUCUUUCUCUCUCGUACAUACUUGUACAUCCUGAUCUCUGUUUAAACUGAAACAGGAAAAAAGGAUGCACAUGCAGGAAGUCCUAUAAAAAUAUUCACACUACUUGCCAAAAAAGAUAAUUUUUGUAUUACUUACAAUCUUAAUUACUUUGGCACCAUGUAGACUAAAAUUGCAGUGAGGGAACUUUUUCUGCUCUUACCACGAAGUGAAAAAAGUGGUGACUCACUGUAGCUUUGGGGGAUUUUAAUAAUAUUUAUACUUGCUCAACAUGUCACUGAUGUUGUUCGGUUAACUAAUUAUGCCUUAUUGUUACCAAAUGUACAAAGAAAUGAUUUAAAAUGAGCCAUUUCUUUUGCAAUGGUCAUUAAAAAUGCUGGAUUUGAUCAAAAUCA